AUGUACAGACAUCGCUGUACCAUAAAGACGGGCGUAUAAAAACCAGGUCCCGUGGCACGGUAGGCAUUGUUACGAUAUUAAAGAACCCGCAACUUGUUAAUUGCUAAUGCGGCCCAGCCCCGAGUAUUAUACGCAGGUUAAACUUUAUACCACCUCACCUAAAAACUGAUCAUGUGAAAUCUCGGAAUAGGAUGAGCAAAUGUUCACUACAUGAUAUAUGGGAUAUGUCCAAACAGACUUUGUUCUACUUUCAUUUUGAAUGGACUGCCAUGUCUGAGCAUGUAGAUAAUAGCACAGCUAAUGCUGACUGAUACAAGAGUUAAGAAUGGACCCUCGAUAUAGUGCACAAGAUGUCCAAAGGUGUGAAAUCUGCGACUUUACUGAAGUGGAGAUGUACUGCAUGUCAUGUCCCCGUCACCUAUGUAAGAAAUGUGUUGGAAUACACCUGUCAGAUGAACCUCACAAACACCAAAUUGUCAAAUACCAGGACAGAAAAAUUACACAUGUAUUGCCUCGCUGUAUAACUCAUUCCCAAGAACGGUGCGAGAAUUACUGUCAGGAUUGCGAGAGGCCUGUAUGUCCUUCCUGCAUAGCUUCUGGCGAGCACCAGCGACACACAUUACCCACGAUUUUCCAGAUCUUCAAGACCCAGAAGGAACGUAUCGCCGUCGACACAGAAGAGUUGGAGCAGACCAUUUGUCCUUGUUACGAAAAUAUCGUUCAGCAAAUAGAAUCCGAUUUAAAUAAACUGGAGAACAGGUACAAAUCGCUCGAUGAAGAGCUCGACAGACAAGGUGAUAAAUGGCAUGAGGAAAUUAAUCUAAUAGUCAGCACACAGAAAGAAGAAAUAGACGAAAUGAAGAAAAAGCAGCUUGGCGCACUGAACGACCAUCUGUUGAAAAUGAAACAACUCCUUACUGAAGUUGAGGAAUCAAUCAAUUCAAAUAAGGAAACCCUGGACUCUUUUGAGAUCUGCAUGUCGCUGUCCUACAGGAGGAAAAAUACUGCACUCAGAGGUCUUCCUCCCAAAAUCCACGUUUCAGUUCCACGUAUCUUAUCACAGCCGAUCAAAAAGGAACAGCUUUCAGAUAUGUUUGGUUGUAUUACCGGAUUCUCAAUCAAAACUCAAGAGCAUGGGUAUAGUCCCAAAACAAGGUCUGGUUCACCUGUCUCUGCGAACGAGCACGUCCACGUCUCGGAAGAGGAUGCGACGGUAAAGAAAGAGCUAGUCCUUGAACCGGAGACAGCAUCCAUCACAGAAACUGGACUUCGUGACCUUGAAAGCGUAGCGUGUCAGAAUGAUGACGAAAUAUGGAUUGCUGGCUGUGGGAGUUCGCUGAAACUGGUUAAAACCAGUCUACCCUCAUACAUUAGCCGUCUCAGUUUCGGAGCAGUCGGAUCGUCUGUUGUGAGGGAAGUCAAAACCAAUCAGGGGGAGAAGUUCGUCGCAGUGACGAAAACUGGAGAUCUGAUUUAUUGUGAUGGAUCGACCAGUGUAAAAAUCAUCAGAGACGAUUCAGUGGAGGAGCUUAUCAAACAGCACGGCUGGAAGCUCGUGAAUAUUUGUACCACGGUGUUCGAUGACCUUCUGGUAGCCAUGGUGAACGAUGACAGACGACAAGCCAAGGUUGUUCGUUUCACAGCAAGUUCUGAAGUGAAGCAAACAAUCGAGUUUGAUGAUGAACACAAGCCUCUCUAUUCCUCAGACAAAAUAACGAUUACCAAAUACAUCACAGAAAACCAAAAUCAAGAUAUCUGCGUGUCUGAUUGUGGCGCAAGUGCAGUAGUGGUCACGAAGAAAGAUGGGAAAUUAAAAUUCCGGUACACCGGACGCACCAUUCCUCAGAAGGAUUUAAAGUUUGAGCCAAUGGGAGUCGCUACAGACAGUCAGUGUCACAUCCUUGUCGCCGAUUCAACAAAUGAUUGCAUCCAUAUCCUCGAUAUAAAUGGACAGUUCCUCGGUUACCUUAGCAACAUCUGCUGUAGUCCAGCUGGGCUAGCUCUCGACGCUGCUGAUAAUCUCUAUGUAGCUGAGAAGUUCUCUGGGAAGGUGAAGAAGAUUAGAUAUUUGCGGGACUUAUAAGUGAACAGAAUACAGCCAAUAUGUGUUGAUUCCGCAUACAUUUGAUCCAAGGAUAGGCCUUGAAAAGCAUAGAUUCAUGGACCAAUUAUUCUGAUGGAAACCUCACUAAAGCCUUCCAUAUUGGUGCCUGUCUCUUACAAAAUACGAGUACCAAUACCGCAUAGGAAAUCUCACCGAAAAGCCUCCAAUUCAACACACACUUUCCCUGGGACAUUUUCUAUAGAAAAACACUUCUUCUUUAUGGAGUCGGAUUAGGUGUUGCAUGUUCAAAUAGAAAAAUAAGAUGGGAGGUUUCCUCUACAAGCCCCUGAGAAAAAAUGAUCAACUAUAUUUGCAGUGUUUUGUUGUCCGUGUCUUACCAAAACAAAAACAAAAAAACCCACUGCUUCCUGGUUUGCAAUCUGUCAUCUUCAGUCGCUCGGUCAUGAACAAAAAUAUAAGCUCAACUUUAAUAUCCUAAUAUCCGUAUUAUUAUCUUCCAAACUCAAUUUCAUUAACUGCCGUAAAAUGGCCGAAAUAUUGCCAAAUCCGUAAUCAAUUUCCUUUAUCACAACUGUUUUCAACACAUACACUUACUCGUUUAUGUACUUUUGCACAUUAAAACCUCGCCUUGCUCUAUGGGAAGUGUCCUGUGCUGCUUUUGUGGUUUUACGUAUUUUGGACGGGCAUCUAAAGGAGAACAUAUUCCAAGUUACACGCAAUCUCUGCUCUGGUUACAAUGCCCUUGGUGCCAUUCAGUGAGUGUUAUAGAUAUACCUUCCAAAACCGUUUUGCUGGAUCGUCAGAAUGAAAAUGUUAUACAAGAAACUUCUCUAAUCAGUCAUUGUAGCAAAUUAAAAUACAGUUUUAGUAGAUGUAAUUGCAGUAGAUUUAAUAAUUGGUUGAAGUUCACACAGUACCUGGUUUUUUCAUAAGCACCGUUUGUACAGUGUGAAUUAUCCAUCAAUUACUAAUUCUAAAUAAAUCACGAAAAAUAUUCCCAAACUAAAAAUUAUGAAUCAUUCAUGCCUAUCCAGGAUGAGGAGCACUUUAUCUCCAUUUUAUGAAUUAGAUUUAUGCAAGAUGAUUCAUUCAACAAUAACUCGUAUAUUAAAGAUGCCCCCCAUAAAUUAAAAACCAAUUUUGAAUCCUGUCAGUUUUAUCUGAUCAAACCAUCUACAUAUAUAUAUCUUUUAAGAUGUGCUUUAGUCCCAUAAAUGAACCUCUAAAUAUUGAGUGAUCUUAAAAAUUGUGUAUGUAAGUAUAUUUCUAUUUGUAAUUUGCUGUUGAUAAUAUUGUUCCAGAAACAUGGCAAAUGUCAAUAAAGUGAAGUCGUUUAUUUUCUUAAAAA